AUGAAUAAUAAUAAUAACAAUAAAUAUAAUAAUGAUAUUCAUAACAGUAUUAACAAAAAUGGAAGUACAAACAUAAAUAAUAAUAUGAAUAUGCCCAAUAAUAUCAUGAGUAAUAUUGCGAAUAAUCGAGGUAGUAUACAAAGCAAUAUUAAUAAUAUACCGAGACCUAUGAAUAAUAUUAAUAAUGUACAUAGUAAUAUAAAUAUACCAAGCAGUAGAAAUAUAUCAAGUAAUAUAAAUAUGGCAAAUAGUAGAAAUGUGUCAAGUAAUAUGAAUAUGACAAAUAAUGUGGGUAUUAAUAAUAAUAUGAAUAUUAAUAAUAAUGUUAAUAGGACAAGUAGUAUAAAUGUUCCAAAUAAUAUGGGCAGAACAAGUAACAUUAAUUUAUCAAAUAAUAUGAGUAGAACAAAUAACCUGAAUAUGAACAAUAAUAUAAAUAGUGCUAAUAAUAUGAAUAUGCCAAAUAAUAUGAAUGCAUCAAAUAAUAAUAUGAAUAUAUCAAGUAAUGUGAACAGAACAAGUAAUGUGAACAGAACAAGUAAUAUGAAUAUUCCAAAUAAUAUGAAUAUUCCAAAUAAUAUGAAUAUACCAAAUAAUAUGAAUAUGCCAAAUAAUAUGAAUAUUCCAAAUAAUAUGAAUAUUCCAAAUAAUAUGAACAUUCCAAAUAAUAUGAACAUUCCAAAUAAUAUGAAUAUGCCAAAUAAUAUGAAUAUGCCAAAUAAUAUAAAUAUGCCAAAUAAUAUAAAUAUAACAAAAAAUAGAAGUAAUAGCAUAUUAAAUAAUAAUGUAAAUAAUAUUCCAAACAAUAUAAGUAGCAUAUCUGCAAAUAUUAAACCACGAAAUAUGUCAAGUAAUAUUAAACAUAAUUUAAACAAUUUUAAUAAUAAUAUGGUCAAAGAUAUUAAUGUAAAAAGUUCAAUAAAAAUGAGUAAUGAUCUAAGUAAUAGUAAUAUACAUAAAAAUAGUAUAAUAAACAAUAAUAAUAAUAAUAAUAUUAGUAAUAUUAGUAAUAAUAGCGCAAGAGAGAGUGUUAUGAGUAAUAUUAACUAUAACUAUAAUAAUAUAAAUUAUAAUAAUAUUAUGAAAAAUAAUAUAGACAUUAACAAAAAAUUAAAUAAUGACAAGAACAGUAAUAUAGAUAAUGCUGAAAAAAUAAAUAAAAAGAUAGGUAACAAAAUGAUUAUCAAAAAUAGUAUGAACAAAAAUAGUUUUAUGAAUACAGAUCAGAACAAUGUCAAUAUGUAUUAUAUGAAUGAUAUGAAAAAUACAGAGAAUAAUAUAUACCUAACAAAUAGUAAUAAUAAUGCUAUGAACAAAGUGAAUAAUAUAAAAGACAAUUCUAAAACUUUACAACAAUUUAAGGAAAAUGAAUACAUGGAAAACAUGUAUAAGAGAGAAAAAAUUAUAAAUGAUAAAGAAAAUGUGUAUAUUCCAAAUAAAGCACCAAGUAAUAUUAAUCAAGGAAAUAAUACUAGUGUUAUAAAUAAUAAACAUAAUAUAAAUAAUAUGAGAAAUAUGAAUAAUACGAACAAUGUGAAUAAUAUAUCUAGUAUGAAUAGUACGAACAAUGUGAAUAAAAUGUCUAAUAUGAAUAAUAUGAAUAAUAUGAACAAUUUGAAUAAUGUAUCUAAUAUGAAUAAUAUGAAUAAUAUGAAUAAUAUAAAUAGUAUAAAUAAUAUGAAUAGUAUAAAUAAUAUGAAUAGUGCGAUUAAUGUAAAUAAUUCCAAUGUUAAUAAUUCCUAUCAAGUUGAUAAGACUGUGUUUAAAACUAUAAAUUUAAAUAAUAUAAACAAUAAAAAUAGAAACCAAAUAUAUAAAUACAAUAAUAAUGAUAGCAAUAAUUUCAUUAUGGAUAAUAAUAUAAAUUCAAAAUCGAAUGAAUUAUAUUACAACAACAACAAUAAUAAUAUGAAUAAUAAUAAUAAUAAUAAUAAUAAUAUAAAUAAUAUGAAUAAAAAUAUCAAUUUAUUAUAUAACGAAGACGGAAAUUUUAAAUCACAUAAUAACAAUAGUGGAGAUAAUAAUAUAAAUAAUAAUAAACAAUUAUUUAUGAAACCCUUUCACAACAAUAUAGAAAACACUAAUGACUUUAAAAGUAACAAUGAAGAAAUUAAUAUAAGAUAUAAUAGUAAUAUGAUUGGUAUAAAUAAUGCUAACAAUAAUGUAAUGCUGAAAGCACCUGCAAACAUGAAAUCCACAAUGCAUAAAGUGGGAGUCAAAAAACAAAAACUCAAAAAUAAUGAUACAACGACAAAUAAUAAUAUUAAUAAUAAUUUAACAAAUAUCGAAAAUACAGAUAAUAUGUAUCAACUACAAUUAAAUAAAGAAAAACUAAAUAUGAACAGUACUUUUAAUUUUAUGAAUGAAAUGGACAUUUUUAAUGAUCCUUCCCAAAGCGAAAAUAAACAAUCAGAUUAUACAUCUGUAAGAAAGUAUAGCACAAAUAAUAAGAUAGCAAAAAAUAACGAUCAGCCAAAUUCUAAACAACCUAGAGGAAGUAAAAUGAGUAAAAUAAAUAAAAUUGAAAAAAUAGAUAAAAUUGAAAAAAUAGAUAAAAUGAAUAAGACCAAUUUAGAACUAAAUAAUAAUAUGGGUAAUGCAAUGUCUGUUAAUAAUAAUAUGCUAUAUGAAGAAAUAAAAAAAAAUAAUACAACUUCAUUUGAUAAUGGAAUAAAUAAUAAUCGCAUACCUUUAUUUAAUGGAACUAUUCCUUUAGAUAAAAAUAGUAGCCAACAUAAUAAUAUGAAAAUAAACAUUAAUAAAAAUUCAAAUAUAUCUAAUAGUUUUGAUAAUUCAUUGGAUACGGAUUUACAAGAUGAUUUUGAAAAACUCAAGGCACGCAUUGAACAAGAAUUUGAAGAGAAAAAAAAUAAAAAAAAGAAAAAACGAGAAAAGAAAGAAGACAAAAAGGAAAACAAAAAGGAAAAUAAAAAGGAAGACAAAAAGGACGAUAAAAAGGACGAUAAAAAGGAAGAUAAAAAGGAAGAUAAAAAGGAAGAUAAAAAGGAAGAUAAAAAGGAAGAUAAAAAAGACGAAAACAAGGACGAUAAAAAGGAUGACAAAAAGGAGGACAAAAACAAAUCAGAUAUACAAAUUAAAGAUGAUAAAAAUGAAGUUUCUAUAUUAGAUGAUAAUAUAAAAGACAAAGAGACAAAUUUGGAAAAAAAUGAUGAUAUAUUAAAUUUAAAAAAAAAUGAAGAUCAAAAUAUAUUAAAUAAUAACCAUAUUCAUAUAUCUAAAACAGAAAAUAAUAAUAAUGAUAUAAAAACAAAUUUAGAAACAGAAAUAAAUAUAACAGAGGAUUGUCCUAUUUUUAAAAAUGAUGAUAAAAUUAUUGAUAAUGUUAAUUCAAACAAUUUAAAAAGUAACACCAUUUCUGAUAAUAGUAAAAAUGAAAUAUUACGUAAUGUAGCAAGUGAUGAAACAAAAGAUAAUAAUAAUAAUAUAGAUAACUUGAAUAACCAUUUUGGUAGUAAUAUUAAUACGAAUGUGCAGAAAGAUAAUUUAGUUACUCCAAAAAUCAAAAUGCAUUAUUCUGAACAACCAUAUAAUAUGAUAAACAGAGAAUCACUUGAAAACUUAGGAUGUGAUAAAAAAUUAAUAGCAUUAACAAAAAUAUUUGGAAAUGUUAUGGAUGAUAGUGAUAAUAAUAUGACAGAAAAGGAGCCUGUACCGAAACUUAAACUUUUCGAUUUGGAUACAUAUAAAAAUAUGUCAUUAGAUACAAUGUUAAAUAAUUUAAAUUUGGAUAAAGAUGUUCUAAAUAUAUUAAAAGAUAAAAUAAAUAAUAUCAAUAGAAAUAUAAAUGUUACUAUUUGUUCUACACCUAUGGAGAAACAAAUAGAUAAAAUUGAAAAAGAAGAUAUUAAUGCUCCUAAUUUAAUAAAUUGUUUUUCUGAAUUUAUUAACUGGUGUGAUAAUAAUCUUAUUCAAAUUAAAUUACAAUUAUAUAAUAUUGCUUUUUGUCUUUUAUUAGAAAUAUAUAUUUUAUUAUUAACUAUUAAUUAUGAAUAUAUAGAAAAUUUCAAAAACCAAUAUUUAAAAAAAUUUUCCGCCUACGAACCUGUAACAAAGUUCUUAUUAACGUGUGUUAGUUUAACACAAAUAUUUGAGAUAUCAUUAAUACGUUUCAAAAAGAAAAAUUCAAAACAUAUUGUGCACAUGACAAAAUUAGGUAAAAAAUCACUCUUACAAUACUUAAGUGUAUAUGAAGGUAUUCCUUUGUACAAUAUAAUUACAACCAAAAUAAAAAUUAUUGAAAUUGAUGAUACAAAAAGGAAUUUUAAUUUCUUCUAUGCAUUUGUCUCUUCAAAUUUUUUCUAUAACGUGAAAUUAACUUUUCCUGUGCAAUGGAAUUUACCUUCUAUAUAUUUAACUAACGAUGAAAUCGUAGAGGAUGAAAAUAAAAAAUCGCUAACGGAGAAAGAACAAAAUAAUUAUGUACCUAAUGAAAAUAAUGAUGCGUAUUAUUAUUAUAAACAUAUAUUAAAAACACAAGCAACUAAUAGAUUAAGAGUAACCAAAAAGAAUAUUCCAAGUAUACUUUAUUAUUGCUUAAACAAUUGUAAUGACCUGACAUGUGCAGAACUUUCUGGAUAUGACGGAUCUUUAAUCGCAACGGCACAUUCAAAUAACAUAAUAAAAUUAUGGAAUUUAAAAAAAUCCGAAAUGAAUAAAGUAAUGAAUGAGAAAAGAGAUAUAGAUGAAAUUAAUGAGUAUAUGGAUGACGUUAGAAAACAUGAAUCUUAUUUAAAUGGAAAGAAAAGCAUUCCAUUAGAUAUAGAUGAAUAUAAUAACAAGGGAGUAUCAAAAUUAUAUGGAAAUACAUUUAAUGUGUCUAGUUUGUCCUUUGGUGAAACAGAUAAAAUUUUAUUAUCUGGUAAUUUAAAUGGUGAUAUAUAUUUAUACAGCACAAUUAGUAAUAAAAAUUAUGUAAAAUAUGUAGGUGGACAUACACCAAUAUGGUCUAUAGACACAGCCUUUUUAGGAUACUUCUUCGCAACUGCGGAAGAUGAUGGAAAUUUAAGAAUAUAUUCUACUAAUAAAACUUAUCCAUUCAUUACAUAUAAGUAUAAUUGUCCGGUUAAUGUAUGUAAAUAUCAUUAUAACAAUACGCUUGUAGCAUGUGGUUAUUAUGAUAAUUAUGUACAUUUAUACGAUGUUAGGAUUAAUUCAUUCAUAAAACGAUUUAAAAAUAAUUAUCCUAGCAAUCAAGGUGUGACCUCUUUAAGUUUUUCAAAGAAUGGACGUUUUCUUUCAUAUGCAGGUGGAUAUACUAAUAACCUAAACCUAAUAGACUUGGCCAUGGACAAAUUUGUUGAAGUAGAACAAAAAGAAAAUAUGGGCAUUAACAUUAACUCAUUUGACGAAUUGAAAUAUGCAGAUAACAUUAGAAAGUCUAUUGAUGGAUAUUUAGAAAAUGACCUUAUGAACAUUGAUGAAAGGAAAAAUGUAUCUGAAAUAAAAAAAGACGACUUUAGUUUUUAUGAAGAUAAAAUUUUAAAUAUCGAUUUUAGUUAUGACAACAAUUUAUUGGUUACUGCUUCUUGUAAUAAUAUUAUUGAUUUUUAUAAUUGUUCAAAAGCAUCACAAGAAAUUAAAAGUACCAUGGAUAAAAAACGAAUAAAAUUAAAUAAUACAAAAGAUAAAAAUAGAUAUGUCAAAUUAUCAAAAUCUUUUGGUGUGCACUAUUCCAAUUUAAUAUCAGCUAAAUUUACACCUGAGAAUGCUCUUCUCUUAUUUGGAAUUAAUACAUUAAUAUAG